AUGAAUGUUGCUUCCUUUGCUCCACAAGGUUUUAUGGCAAGCAAUGCAGAGCAAUUCAACUUCGAUAAUACGCAAGCUUCCCGCACAAUGUCCAGCGCACAAGCGCAUUCCACUCCUAUGGGACAAAUGGCGGUUCCUCCUUCACCGUUCGUGUCGCCUAUGGUUUUUGGAGCCCAACCACCGCCACUUUUCAGUACGGUAGGACCGCCUCCGUGUGCUACGCCUUUCAAUCCUGGCAUGAACAUGUCUGUGCCUCCUGUACCUUCCACUGCAUACCCAGAUGUUGGGUUUGAUACAAACUCUAAAGACCCCGUAUUGAUGAGGUCACGAGUCUUUAUAGGACGCCUUUCUGGUACCCCAAUCACACGCGAUGAUCUUAUUGGCAUUUGUAGGCCGUUUGGAACUGUUCUUGCUCUCAAUCAUUUCAAGCAAGGUUAUGCAUUCGUACAGUUUUCCAUGGCCAGUGAAGCUGAUGCUGCAAUAAUUGGAUUGAACGGAAAGAAAUGGAUGAACAUAAUACUCGGU